AUGCGAGAAGAACCCCUGCUCGCCCGGCCUGCCUCUCCCACCUCGUCCACGAACGAUGUCGAAGAGGAAGACGCCCUCCUCACGGGUCAGCCAACCGAUAGAUCCCAUGCUAAAAAGUACCGAAAAUGGAGGGAAAUCGGUCUCUUCGUCUGGGCUCUUCUUGCAACUGUCACGGUCAUCAUUCUAGGUGUUGUGUAUCAGCAUGAAUCCACAGUCGCACGGGCGAGGCCCAGAACAGGAGGAUGGGGACCGGAUGGAAGACCAUCUGGCAAGAGAAACAUGAUCUUUAUGGUCUCGGACGGCAUGGGCCCAACAUCCCUCUCAAUGACCCGCAGCUUUAGACAGUACACAACCGGGUUGCCCAUAGACGACGUCCUGAUUCUCGACAGGCAUCAUAUUGGCUCCUCAAGGACUCGAAGCAGCAGCAGUCUGGUGACCGACUCGGCUGCUGGUGCCACUGCCUUCUCGUGCGGACUCAAGAGUUACAAUGGGGCCAUUGCUGUUCUACCCGAUCACACUCCUUGCGGAACAGUCCUGGAGGCUGCUAAAAGAGCCGGUUACAUGACAGGACUGGUCGUCACUACCAGGAUCACGGAUGCCACCCCUGCCUGUUUUGCCGCCCACGCGAAUCGAAGAGAAUAUGAAGAUCUUAUUGCAGAACACAUGAUAGGCAACUAUCCGCUAGGUCGUGUUGUGGACUUGAUGAUCGGUGGUGGAAGAUGUCAUUUCCUACCCAACACAACCGAAGGUUCAUGCAGAGCGGAUGACAAGGACAUCGUUGCCAUGGCCAAGGAUCAAUUCGGGUUCACGUACGUUGACAACAAGAAAGACUUCGACAAUCUGAACCCAGAAAAUGACGCACAACUACCGCUGCUUGCCCUGAUUGCAAAUAAAGACGUUCCAUAUGAAAUCGACAGAGUGCACGUCGCCGACAUUUAUCCAAGCCAAGCCGAAAUGGCCCGAUUUGCACUCAAAGCCUUGUCAGCCGCAACAAGGGACUCCGAUAAGGGGUUCUUCCUCAUGAUCGAAGGCUCCAGGAUCGAUCAUGCGGGACACUUUAACGAUCCCGGGGCCCAAGUGCACGAGGUUAUGGCCCACGACGAAUCCUUUGGCGCCGUUCUAGACUUCCUAGAAUACGACAAGACGGACGGCAUCCUAGUGUCGACAUCCGACCAUGAGACAGGUGGUCUUGCCGCAGCCCGCCAAUUACAUGAAACGUAUCCCAUGUACCGCUGGUUCCCGGAAGUCCUCGCCAACGCAACACACUCGACUGAAUACCUCGCAGUCAAGUGGAACGAGUAUCUCUCCUCCAGCGCAGAUACCUCACGCAAGGACGACGAGUCAAAGCUGCGUGAUCUGAUCACCUCUAGCCUCGGCAUAUCAGACUCUAGUCAGGAGGAGAUUGAUGCCAUCAUCGAUGCCACACCGGUUUGGCCUCCCUUGUACCACUUCUCAGAUAUGAUAUCGCGCCGCUCGCAGCUCGGGUGGUCUACGCAUGGCCAUUCCGCGGUGGACGUGAAUAUUUAUGCCUCACACCCGAGUCACGCGCCGGGAUUAGUGGGAAACCGUGAGAACAUAGAAGUUGGUGAGUUUAUUGCAGAGUAUCUAGACCUAGAUCUCGGAGUCAUCACGGCGGAAUUGAAAAGUAAAAAGGUCAAAAUAUCAUCUCUGACCGGAGAUGUGGAGGAGGACUGGGGAGAGUGGAUGGGUCCCCGCGGUCUGCCAGUCAACGAAGACGGAAGUCUCAUAUCACUGGACGCAUACCACGGGGAUUACAAGCAUAGGAAACGCGAGGCCGAAGCGAUUGCAGAUUGCGGGUGCGGCAUGAAGCACUGA